ACACCAAAUUAUCAAAUCAUAAACAAUUCAUUGAAAUUUCAAAAAUUUUUGGAGUUUCUAUCAAAAUUUGCAUCAUUUUAACAAUUCUUACUAAACAGUUAACCAAAACAUGGCCCUGCAAGUCUCAAAGAAUUUUUCACAUACCAUUUUACAGUCGAAAAACAAUAUAUGGCAGAGUCCGUACCACUUUUUAAAACGUUGCACCUCGACAGAAUGGACAAAUUUAACAGAACGACCCAAAGAAAAAGUAACAAAUAUGCCUCCAAUGAAUGAGCCAGUUAAGGGACUACCAAAAGCUAUUUACGCCAACUUCCGAGAAGAAAAUCAACAUACAAAGGUAACAACCUUAUCAAAUGGACUGAGAGUUGCGUCUGAAAACAGAUUCGGUGAAUUUUGUACUGUAGGGGUUGUCAUUGAUUCUGGAUCCAGAUAUGAAGUGGCUUAUCCUAGUGGUAUUUCACAUUUUCUAGAAAAAUUAGCAUUCAAUUCGACAAAAUAUUACCCAGAUCGUGAUGAAAUGAUAAAUAAACUGGAAAAACAUGGAGGAAUCUGUGAUAGUCAAGCAUCAAGGGACACUUUUAUUUAUGCUGCUUCUGCUUACACAACUGGUCUAACUGAUGUAAUACAGUUAUUAGCUGAAGCGACAUUAAGGCCCCAAAUUACGCCAUACGAAGUUGACGGAGCUAAACAAGCCAUAAACUUUGAACUGGAAACAUUACACAUGAGACCUGAACAAGAAACUAUUCUUAUGGACAUGAUUCAUGCUGCAGCAUAUAGGGACAAUACUUUGGGCCUACCGAAAUUGUGUCCGCCCCAAAACCUAGACAAAAUCGACAGGGAAAUGUUGUUUUUGUAUUUGAGCCAACAUUAUACACCUAAACGGAUGGUUGUGGCUGGAGUUGGUGUGGAACAUGAGAGAUUGGUAGAGGCUGUUCAAAAAUAUUUUGUGGACAAUAAGCCUGUAUGGGAAGUUGAACCAGUUGUUGGUAGAAAACAAAUAACUGGUGUAGAUAAAAGUCUAGCACAAUACACAGGUGGUGUAGAACAAGAAGAAUGUGAUAUCCCGCAAUUCGCCUCAGCAGGCUUACCAGUACUCUCUCACAUAAUGAUAGGUUUAGAAGGAUGUUCGCAUCAAGACAGUGAUUUUAUAGCAAUGUGUGUUCUUAACAUGAUGAUGGGUGGUGGAGGCUCUUUUUCAGCAGGAGGUCCUGGUAAAGGCAUGUAUACAAGACUUUAUACUAAUGUCCUAAAUAGGUAUCAUUGGAUGUACAGCGCAACAGCAUACAAUCAUGCCUACAAUGACACCGGGCUGUUUUGUAUACACGCCAGUGCCCCACCAAAUUACGUUAGAGACAUGGUGGAGGUUAUAGUUAAAGAAAUGGUUAAUAUGGCUAAACAUGUGGGCGAGGAAGAAUUAAGGAGGGCAAAAACUCAACUACAAUCCAUGCUCCUGAUGAACCUGGAAAGUAGACCAGUAAUGUUUGAAGAUAUUGGCAGGCAGGUUUUAGCCACAGGUCACAGAAAGAGACCCGAUUAUUUUAUCAGCGAAAUUGAAAAAAUCACCAAAAAUGAUAUAAUCCAAGUAGCUAGAAGACUUUUAAUGUCACAACCGAGUGUGGCAGCCAGAGGAGACUUGAGAAAAAUGCCUUCAUUAGAGUAUAUCCAGGCAGGAUUGAUAGACAGUGAAGGAAAAAUGCCUAGCGGGAGAAAAUUGUCACUUUGGAGAUAAGCUACUGUGGUCCUACGUAAUAAGUAAAAUAAUAAACCAUUAUCAUUUUGUUUAAAAUUUUUAUUUAAUAAUCUUGACAGUAUUUUUGGUUGUUACUUUUUUAUAUAAAAUACUGCCAGUCGAGACCCUUGUUUUUAUUUUUAGGCGUGUAGACUGAUGAUUGUGUUUUUUAUUAUUGUUUGAGCAGGCUAUUCUACCUUGGAGGUUGAAUGGGCUAUAUUAUAAAGACCGAAUUAUUUAUGAAUAAAAAAGCUUAUCAGCUGACUCUGUUCAGAGAUUUUUCUAUCAUUGCAUAUUUGUAUUUUUGCCAACAGUUGCAAACUGUCUGAACAUUUACAAAUAUAUUGUCACGGAUUCUGGGUCCACUACAACUUACGUCACAAGUUUCGUUGAACAAAUUGACUGUAUAAGAAUUCCCUUUUAUAAAACCAUUCAAAAUUACUUGAAAUCUGGCCGGAAAUUUUGUGACAAUUUAUUUGAGAAAACAAGACCUGGCAAAAACUGCAAUAGUUGACAAUGUUGGCAUUUAAAGAAAAAUAUGUGGCUCCCUUUAUAAACCCCAAAAAAAAAAAUGGAUUUUAAGUUAAUACAUUUUUGUUAAAUCUCUUUGUUAUUCUGGGAAGACAUAGAGAUAGUAAUUUUAUGUUGAUUUUCCUUUGCCUCAAUACAAAUUACAAUUUUCUCUAGUGAGAGUUUUUGUUAGAGUUAUUGCAAGAGUUGAACUGUCUAAAAGAAAAACAGCAGGCUGUUUAUUUCAUACCGCUGCAAUUUUUGCAUUAAUUCCAAACAAAAUCUUGUCUUUGACGCCAUAUUUUCUGCAAUAGUAGAUACAUAUAAACUUUGCAAUACAGAAAUUAUUGUUACAAAAUUACUUUUGGAAUGUUAAAUAAUAAUUGUACAUAAAUUUUACGUUUUUUUUUCUAAAUAAAAUGUUUAAUUAAAUUAUU